AUGCGAAGGAGUGGCUGGAGCGCCGCUGCGAGGCCUCGCUCACGGAGCAGCGCGCGGAGCUGGCGCGGCGCUUCGGGGCCUUCGAGCAGUCGGAGACAAACACUUCAAAGACUGGGUCCAGAGGGAGCAGGACCAGAUCCAGGCGCAGCUCCAACAGCUGCGAGUGGCCACCCAGGAGAGUCCCAGCAGCAGCAGCAGCGCUUGGUGGGGAACCUGACGGCGCAGAACCAGAAGCAGGACAUGAGGCUUCAGGAGCUGGAGGCCAGCCUCGCCUCCGCCAGCGCCCAGAUCCAGGGGGUGAUGAGCGCUGUGUCCGCCGGCGCGCUCUCCCACGGCCAAAGCGGAGGCACCGGCGAGGCCGCGAUGGGCGCGGCAGCCGUGGCAGCGUCCGCGGCCUCCAACCUGGAGGUGCUGCGCGCAGGCCUGGAGCGGGAGGCCUCCGCGCGGGUGGCCUUGGGCGCUGAGACGGCCGAGCAGCUCAAGCAGUUGAGCGACAUGGUCUUCGAGCUCAGCAACCGGCAGCACCAGCAGGCCGCGAUGGCGCAGCAAAAGCUGCAGCAGAACGUGGCAGUGGAGGAGCAGCAAGCGCAGCGCCAAGAAGCUCGGCUGUCGUCCCUGGAGCCGGGGGUGCAGCAGAUGAGGGAGGAGAUGGAGCAGCUGCGGGACCAGCAGCUGCGUUGCCAGCAGGAGGCUUUGCGCCGCUGCGAGGAGGCGGAGGAGAUGUGCCGGCAGCGGCUCAGCGGCGUGCAGGACGCAGCUCUCAGCGCCGCCCGGGAGCUUUGGGAGGAGCACCAGGGGGUGGUAGUGGAGUGCAAGUCCUCGCUGGCUGCUCUUCAGCAGAUCUUGGACUCCAAGGACAAGAUCGCCCAACAGCUGCGGUCUCUGCAGCAACAGCAGCGGGAGGAGGACAAGCAGGUGAAAGCCGCGCUGGAUCUGGACGACCAGUGCAGCGCGGAGGGCUGUGGCCUGAACGCCGUGCAGCUGAGGGGGCUCAAGAGCACCGAGGAGUUGUUGGAAUUGGAGAAGGCCGCGCAGGGCACUGAGGUGGAGUCCGAGGAAAGCAGCGGCUGGUUGAAGGACAUCACAACCAAGGAGAAGAACCACUUCAAGCACAUCUUGGCGCCGCUGCAGAAGCCCAUCGUCACCAACUACCAAUACCUCGUCGUCCUGGACUCCUACGCGAACUACACCAUGGAGAAGAUUGAGAACGCCACCGGCAGCGCAGUGGUCUGGAAUCGCAAGUCCCUGCUGCAGCAGGCUGAGGAGGAGAUUGCGCAGGAGGAGAUUGAGGAGACCCUCACCUACGGACGCCGUCGCCGCAGCACCAGUGGUGCGGACUUGCCCCCGCGCGCGCGGUACAUCAACAAGAUCCUCAUCUAUCUCAACAAGGAGAUGGAUGCGGUGUGGAACUUGAACACCAUCGUCGACCGUAAGCGCUGGGGUUCGGGCAACACCAUCACCUCCUCGCCUUAUGGCCCUCACGGCGAGCAUCCAGAGCGCUGGCGUGCCAACGGCACUUUUCCCAUGCCUUUGGAGGCGCCAAAGAGCCCAGUGCUGAACCUCACCAACACCCUCACCAUGCACGUGAAAGGGGAGGACCACAAGUACGAUAACAAAUACGCACAGCAGCUGGAGGCUGACUACCUUUCCCUCAUCGACAACAUCAACGAUGCCAGCAAGAAGGGCAAUGACCUGCGUGCCAGACUGUUCAAGAUGGACUGGUACGCAAACAAGUUCAUCGUCCAGCCGAGCGGCGUUUGGAAUAAGAUCGAUGCACAGUCCUGA